ACUCAGGAACACAGCCGAGGGUCUGUUGGUGGAGUAGUGAGCUGUGGAGUGGUGAUCCUCAGGUGCAGAGUGAGGGUCCUUCAGGAUUUGGAAACUAUUCUAGUUGUGGCAACAUUUGUGGAGCCAUUUUGGAAACUGCUAGAAGCAUCCCAGAGCCAGCUUGCUUGUGCCCUGAUGUGCUGAUGGCAGGUGCCCAUGACUGGUGACAGAAGAAGUUUUUAUUUAGCAGUUAGAAAUGGAGUCAGCGUAUCUUCAAAAGUUGCUUGGGACAUGUCUAACUGAAGGUCUUGCGGAAGUGGCAAGGAUGCGUCCAGUGGAUCCAAUAGAAUAUUUAGCACUGUGGAUUUAUAAGUAUAAGAAAAAUGUGACCAUGGAGAAACAGAGGCAAGAGGAAAUGGCCCAACUGGAGCGUGAAAGAGAAGUAGCUUUGAAGGAGCAGGAGAUGAUGGAGAGACUUAGAGCAGAGGAGCUUCUCUUCCAGCAGCAACAGCUAGAAUUCCAGCUGGAGUUGGAAGAGCAAGAAAAAGAGAGACAGAGAAUAGAAGAACUGCAGAGAGCUCAAGAACAAUUUGAGAAGGAGUUCAGAAUGAGCAUGGAAAAUAUGGCUAAGGGUGAAGAUACUUUACAUGGAGAGGAUGGAGCCGACUCAGGCAAAACACUAGCUGAAAUUAGUGAUCGAUAUGGGGCACCAAACUUGAGCAGAGUGGAAGAACUCGAUGAGCCAAUGCUCUCUGACGUUGCAUUAAACAUUGAUCAAGACUUGUAGGCUCAACCAACCUAAGAACAAUACAUUUUUCUUCUUGUUUCAAGAUUCAAAAUAGGAGGUCCCCAGUUGUAUUUUUUUUCCCUCCAAACUUGUACUCUGCUUUUCCUCCCUCUAACCACAGCUUUAUAAAUAAGUUUCAAGUGUGGCCUUAAAA